AUGUUAUCGAUUUGAAUUGUCAAAAAGUUGUUUUUCUUGUCACUGGACUGCCACACGUGUUUACAAACUCCUGAAGUGCUUGGUUAUUUAGUUUUUUCGCACUAAUUUCUUUAAAUAAUUUGUAAAAAUGUCUGACAAAUAUGCUGUUCCCAACAAGUUGCCGGGCAAAACUGUAUCAGUCCUUGCGCACCGCAAACGCCGUAUCCUUCAAGAUAAAGCUACCAUUGAGCAGAAGAAAGCAUUAAAAACCAAAAGAGUUGCAAGUGCGAAAAGACACCAUAAAUUCCGUCGCCCGGAAUCAUUUGUUAUGAAUUAUCUAAAAGCAGAAAGGACGGCUAAUCGCAUCAAGCGAACCAUUCAACGCACCAACUUGGUGGCAACGAAAGAUGCCGAUAAAACCAAUAAGAAACUACUUUUAGUUAUGAGACACGCCGGUAAAAAGAUCUUUGACCAAACCACGGAUAAAAUAUUUAACACUCUGCACAUGCCUAAUCGCCACAAUGCUGUAUUUCUAAAAAAUGAUAAAGAAACACAAAUAUUGUUGAAGGUUAUUGAACCGUUUGUAAUUUAUGGAUACCCUUCAUUGAGUACAAUUCGGGAGUUGCUGUUUAAGAGGGGUUUUGCUCGCGUUAAUAGCAAAAAAACGCCCAUUCAAUCCAACACUUUGGUUGAAGAACAUCUUGGUGAUAAAGGAAUAAUUUGUUUGGAGGAUAUUAUUCAUGAAAUUUAUACAGUAGGACCUAACUUUGAUGCGGUUAAAGAGUUCCUUUGUUCAUUCAUGCUUACUAGUCCACGAGAAGGUUGGAAAAAAAAGGUUUCAGUACCGUACAAACGUGGUGGUGAAUAUGGCGACAGGGGCGAUGCUAUCAAUGAAUUAAUAAUGCGUUGCAUAUAAGCAUUGAGUUUUAGUUAAACAGUGGCUUUCAAAUAUUUUUAUUUUCGUAAAAAAUAAAUAAAAUAUUUUUAGAAUAAGUGAAUA